CGUAAUCCGUGACCAAAACUGUUUCAGAUCUGGCCUUUGUCUGAUUGGUGUUAGAUUCACAUUCUACUCAUAUCACGGUUGCGAUGGCAACACAGAGUAAUGCUGAAGUCAUAUCAUCUAUGGAACGGCAGUAUGCUGAACAAAAAGCAAAAUUUGAGAAGUGGAAGCUUGAUAACAGCCGACAAAUCGGUACUGAAUCUUAUAACAAGUAUGUGCAGCAGUUUCUGCAGUGGGAAAAAGAAGUAUUUGAGAAGAAGGCAAGAGUCGCCGCGCUUGUUCAAUCUGAGGCAGCUAAUGCUAUAGCUGGUCCUGCGAAUGUGGACUCGAUUUUAGGACAACUGCUUGAUGACGUGAUGCCAAUGGAAUUCUUAAUGGCUUUAGUGACUGUGCACAUGAAAGACAACACCUUCUUACCAUGUGUCAUCGAAAAUUUUAGAAAGGCUCAAAGUGGUGAACUACCGGAUCCUAAACUAAUGGCUACUCCUCAGCAUUACCUUCCUGCACUUGCGCCAUCUACAACGCAGUACUAUCAACCUAUAAGCACUGUUCAACACACCACAAUGACUCUUCAUCCCGGCGUUCCUACCCCUGUCGUCGCCUGGCCCGCUGCCACCGUUUCAACUACAGUCCCGGUUGGUCACAAGUACAGACCGCCUUCACCCGUCCGUGAAUACAAAAAUCCUGUCGCAAAUAUGCCAUUCCGGGAUUUUAGUCAAUGAGGUUGCCAUAGAGAUAAACUAGGAAAUACUGGAUUGUCACAUCUCAUUUCGCGACUUUUGUAAAUACUGUAUAUCUCUAAGACUUGAAGAAAUACUUCUACAUCAGAUGCUUGAGAAGUUGUUGUUCUGUUUGUACAAUGUUAGUUUGAUACCUUCAUACAAGAGUUUGGAUUCUUCAGAUUGCAAUAUUGGUAUGAAGCAUGGAUUUACG